UUUGCAUUCUGGAAGAUUCUUCCACGUCAGCUCUGAUAAGUACAGGGAUCGUACAAAAGAGAGAAAGGUUUAUAGAUCUUGCUGUGUGGAAUAGCUGUGCAUCGAGUACUCACUGAAUUUAGCAACCGUUAGAAGAAGAAAUGGCCACAGUAGACAUUCUCGUUCCUUCACCGCUCUCUUUCAGCGGAUCAUGCUCCGACUCCAAAGCUGCUGCACUCUACCAGUUGUACUCCAACGGGGAGAGGCCAGUAAGCGAGGACGACGGUGGAUACAGCUCUCCUGAAGAGACGCCCCGGGAUACUUCUCCAGCAGCAAACACGAGCGGAGACGAACAGCCUCUCCAGCACAACACUGAAGAAAAAGCUGCCGAGCCUGAGAGCGAAGACGAAGAGUCUUUAAUGGAGAGAGCAAGGAAGCAAGUAGAAUGGUACUUCAGUGAUGAGAACUUGCAGAAGGACUCCUUCCUCAUGAAGCACAUCACCAGGAACAAGCAAGGCUAUGUGAGCCUCAAGUUGGUGGCUUCUUUACGCAAAGUAAAGAGCAUCACCAAGGAUUGGAAGAUUGUCCUAACUGCAGUUCAAUCAUCAACACUACUACAGGUAAAUGAAGAGGGCACUAAGGUACGUCGACUUGAAGCAGCUCCAAAAGUUGACUAUUCACAUCUACCAAAAACCCUCCUCAUCACUAAUUAUCCAACUCAGGAUCCAGAUGAGUCUGAUGUCAGACAUGAGUUCAGUCGUUAUGGGAAUGUCAAGAAUGUGACCUUCAUGCGACCAGGAAGAGCAAUACCUUUGGAUGUAAAGUCUUGUCGAUCAAAGUUCCCCGCUAUUGGCAAAGAGCCUUGUAUUUUGGUCGAAUACGCUAGCAUCUCGGAGGCUAAGAAAGCAUUUAAAGAGCUUUCACAAAACUGGCGCCAAACAAUGUCCGUUCAAAUCCUCUCACCACCUGCUGAUACUGAAACUAAAGGAUCCAAUUUGGAGUUGAAAAAGCAUCAGAAAACGACCGAGUCUUCCGGUAAUAAUUUGAAUAAGGUUUCACCUAUUGUAAGGAAGCAAGGACCAAGGAGCAGUCGUGUGUCAUCAGGUUAUGACUCUGGCUACACUGCCAACAGUCGUUCGCCUAGUCUGAGCCCCAUGCCUAGCCCGGCUCCUUCUAGAAAGUUCUUUUCUGAUUCCUCAAACUCAUCUGUCUCGCCAAAAUCAAGAUUAUCAUUACUAAGAGAGAAUACCAGUAUUGCAGUUACUGUAGUGAGACUGCCUUAUGGACCUGAUGGGACAGGAGGUUUUCACUAACUCAUGAAUCAAGAACAUUAAUACUCACACACACACGCAUGCAUAUACCACUGCAUAUACUGGAUUUUAACAUCAUUGUAAUCUCUUAUCAUAUGAUAUACCUAUGUACUUUAUAGUAUUCCAAAUCACUCUAUUAUUACAUGUAUUAUGAUUGAUGCUGUAUAAACUUUUUCUUUUGUUUCUCAAAAAUAA